AAUGGAAAAAGAUAGAGCUGCAACUAACACUCCAGCCCCACCACCAGGUGGGGGUAUUUAUCCUCUUAUUCAAGUAGCAGACCCAAAUGGAAAGGAUGGUGCUGUUAUGCACGUUUUUAGACCCUGGUCUUUAAUGGAGGCCCAGGCUGCUGUUCAGGGAGUGACCCCUUACCAACAAGACGUGAUGAAGUGGAUGGUUGACAUAUAUGACGUAAUACAAUCCUACAGACUUAAUGGUGUAGAAGCUGGACAAGCUCUACAAUCUUCUAUAGGAAA